ACGGGGGCGCGCGGGGCUGCGGCGGAUCAUGGAGCUGAAAUGGCUACUGUAUGUGACCCUGCUAGCUCUUGGGACUCUUGCUGUCCAGGCACAUGAUAUGGAUGAUGACAAUGAUGGUGAUGAUGUAGUUGAUAUCGAGGAUGACUUGGACGAUGGCAUUGAGGAGGCAGAAGAGUCAAAGCCCGAAACGAGCACUCCUCCUCCAACUCCAAAGGUUACGUACAGGCCCCCAGUCCCAACUGGCGAGGUGUAUUUUGCGGAGUCCUUUGAUAAAGGAACUCUGGAUGGAUGGAUCCUUUCCAGAGCCAAAAAAGAUGAUACGGAUGAUGAGAUUGCCAAAUAUGAUGGUAAAUGGGAAGUCCAAGACAUGAAGGACACUAAGCUUCCAGGAGACAAAGGGCUUGUAUUGGUAACCCGAGCCAAGCAUCAUGCAAUUUCAUCCAAACUUUCAAAGCCUUUUGUAUUUGAUACCAAACCCCUUAUUAUACAAUAUGAAGUUAACUUCCAGAAUGGAAUAGAGUGUGGCGGGGCCUAUGUGAAAUUGCUUUCAAAAACCCCUGAAUUGAACCUGGAUCAGUUCCAUGACAAAACUCCAUAUACAAUCAUGUUUGGCCCUGACAAAUGUGGAGAGGACUAUAAACUGCACUUCAUCUUCCGGCAUAAAAACCCAAAGACUGGCAAAUAUGAGGAGAAGCAUGCAAAGCGUCCAGAUGCAGACCUGAAGACUUACUUUACUGAUAAGAAGACCCAUCUUUAUACUCUGGUCUUGAAUCCUGAUAAUAGUUUUGAAAUACUGGUUGAUCAAACAGUUGUCAAUAGUGGGAAUUUGCUAAAUGAUAUGUCUCCUCCUGUGAAUCCACCCCGAGAGAUUGAGGACCCGAAUGACCAGAAGCCUGAGGACUGGGAUGAAAGACCAAAAAUCCCAGACCCAGAUGCUGUUAAACCAGAUGACUGGGAUGAGGAUGCUCCUGCAAAGAUCGCAGAUGAAAAUGCAGUGAAACCGGAGGGCUGGCUGGAUGAUGAGCCAGAAUACGUCGCGGAUCCUGACGCUGAGAAGCCUGAAGAUUGGGAUGAGGAUAUGGAUGGUGAAUGGGAGGCACCUCAGAUUGCAAAUCCUAAAUGUGAGACAGCCCCUGGCUGUGGUACCUGGCAGCGACCAAUGAUCGACAAUCCAAACUACAAGGGCAAAUGGAAGCCUCCUAUGAUUGAUAACGUGAACUAUCAGGGUAUAUGGAAACCCAGGAAGAUCCCAAACCCAGAUUUCUUUGAAGACUUGGAACCUUUCAAGAUGACUCCCUUCAGUGCUGUGGGACUUGAGCUAUGGUCAAUGACUUCUGACAUCUUUUUUGACAACUUUAUCAUCUGUACUGAAAGAGCAGUGGCUGAUGAUUGGGCCAGUGAUGGAUGGGGACUGAAAAAGGCAGCCGAUGGUGCUGCAGAGCCUGGUGUUGUGGGCCAGAUGAUGGCAGCUGCUGAAGAGCGUCCCUGGCUUUGGGUAGUCUACAUCCUUACUGUGGCUUUGCCAGUGUUUCUUGUUGUCCUUUUCUGCUGUUCUGGGAAGAAACAGCCAAGUGCUGCAGAAUACAAAAAGACUGAUGCUCCUCAGCCUGAUGUGAUGGAUGAGGAGAAAGAGGAAGAAAAAGACAAAGGCGACAAGGAGGAGGAGGAAGAGGAGGAAGCAAAUGAGGAAAAGCUAGAAGAGAAGCAGAAAAGCGAUGCUGAUAUAGGAAGUGCUAGUCAAGAGGAGGAGGAGGAAGAGGAGGAGGAUGAGGACAGGAAACCUGCAUCAGAGGAGGAGGAAACUGUGAAUAGAUCACCCAGAAACAGAAAGCCAAGGAAAGAUUGAAAAAAAGUCAUAAGAACUUGAUCUGUGAUUUUUUUUUUUUUUCAAAUGUGGUUCUGGGAGAGGACCUUGGACACCUUACAUUGAAACUUGGACAAACCUCAAGAUUUCACUAUCCACAGGUUCCAGUCACACUAUCCAAUGUAAUGGAGUGUCUAGCAGUAAAAUAUUUGCAAUCAUCUGUUUUAAAGAACAUCAUUCCUGUAGAAAGAAUGCAUUUAAUGUAAUGGGCUGUGGAUUUUGGAAUGUAACAUAACUAACCUUUUCACUUUCAGUUUUAAAUAUUCUUUUCUGUUUUUAAGUAGAUUGGUAGAACUUUUCCGAUCUCAAACCUUGGCUUAAUUUAAUAUAUUAAUUAGUGAAAAAUAACAAUGAAUCUUGAAAGUGCUAGGUGAUAAAAAAUGCAGUUUUAUAACUAGUUUUUUUACAAAUAUGUAAAUUCCUAAAUGCAUCAAUGUCUUUAUAUCCCUUAAAAUUUGAUAAUUGUUUAAAGUUGUCAAUGUAUUUGACAGCCCUUCUGCCAUCAAAAGAAAAGAGAACUGGGGGGAGAUGUAUAGGGAAACUAAUAGUGAAAUUCUCUUAAUCAAUCAACUUCAUUCUUUUGGGGGGACGGGAAAGAGGAAGAAGGGGUGGGGUGGAAGGAAGGGGUUAGUCUAUAGAAUAUGCAUACUGUGCAUGGCUAAAGCCCUGUUAAGUGUUGACGAAUAAUCUAGGAUUUGGAGUGGGUCUUCUUAAUGUGGCAUUUAAUCCUGCGGACCUUGCAGAUAAGGGAUCUUCUUAGUUCUUGAACUCUUUGUAAAGCUAAUGGGUGGGGGGCUGUUAGACUACUUCCCCCUUUCCCCUCUGUUCAGCCACUGAUGCUUUCCUUUCUCUGUGACUAUACAGCUUUUUCUGAGUGCAGCUUUGCCUCAGUUGCUGAAGUGCUUCAUGUUCAGCUCAUCAUCAAACUCUAUUUUUAUAGCUAGGCCUACUCCUUUCCAGGGUCCAAACACUGGAUAGGACAGUGUCCCAUAUCCUCUCACUGUUGUCACUGUAUGUCUACUCCUGUAGAAAUGGGGGAGGUAGUCAGGUAGACAAGUUGAACUGAGUAUUUGUUAAGGAAAAAAAAAAACAA